CAGCUAACAGCUAGUGAUAAAAGAGUAACACACUCACACACAUAUAUAUAUAUACGCGCAACAGCUACACACCUAAACAAUGGCCAUUAAUAUUUGGGUAGCAGCUGCAGAUAACCAGCGACAAAUAGUAGAGCAGUACAUCAGUACCGGGGUAAACACCGCCAACGACAAGGAUCCGAACGGGUAUACUCCCAUGCAUGCAGCCGCUGCCUAUGGCCAUAUUAAUCUUAUUAAGUACUUGGUGGAAAAUGGCGGUAAUGUAAACAUCCAAGAUAACGAGGGUGACACUCCAUUACAUCACGCUGAGGAUUUGGCCACGGCAAAGUUCUUAGUAGAAGAGUGUGGUGCUGACUAUACCAUCAGGAACGGGGAUAACUUGACUGCUGGGGAAUAUAUUGAAGAUGAAGGCGAGUUUUUGGAUGUUGCGCAAUACUUGAAAAGUAAACAAGACCCACUGCAGCUCGUGCAGGACGACUUUGUUUCUUCAUUGCCUGCUCCUGGUGAUGUUGAAGGACACCAGAUAAGAUAUACUAUGGAGAACGAUAAUAGCACUGAUGAGACACUCUCGCCAGCAGAAUUGGAAGAGAGAAGAAAGAAGAUCCAAGAAAUCUUGCAAAGUGAAAAUCCAGAAGAAGGAUUGCGUGAAUUGGUGAGAAACGCUGUUCACGAAGGAUUGACUCUGUUUAACCAACAACAAGAAGAAGACCACUCUGCAAAGAGAAGGAAAUAGGUGUAUAGCCAAUAGACAACUUGUAUUCGUAUUGC